AAUCGGGGCCUGCGAAGUAGCGACGUGGAGCGCGCAGUCCCCCCCCCGCCUUUCGUGCGAGGGCCUCCUUGAACUUUGACCUUAGGCCUCGAGCGCGAGGCAAACAGACGGCCGGGUGUCGGGCCCUCCUCCUCCUCCAUUCGCCUGAGAGAAGUGAGAGGUCGCUCUCGUUCUUCCUCCCUCCUCCUCCUCCUCCCUCCUCACCCCCUCUUCCUCCCGGCCCUCCCUUUGCCUGUUCCCGCGCGCGAGUGCCAGGCGAUGGUUCUGACCUCCGUGCGGCGCGCGCGCUAAUCUUCCCCGCCCCCCGCCCGCCUCGCCGUGUUCCACCCCCGCCUCGGGGAAGAGCGCCGCGCGGAACCGUCGCCGCCGCCGCCGCCGCCUCGUCCUCCGCCGCGCUCUCUCGCCAGACAAGGGCCCGCCCCGUCCCACCCUUCGCCGCCGCCACACACAGCACUGGGCGACGUGGAGCCGGCGAGACGCGGCCCCCACCGGGACCAUCAACAUGGCGAGUGCCUCGUACCACAUCUCCAACUUGCUGGAGAAAAUGACGUCGAGCGACAAGGACUUCAGGUAAGGCCUCUCAGGUAGCCCGCUCCAGGCUCGGCCCAGGCGAAAGAGGAGCCUCCUCGCCCUCAUACCCCCGACUCACCGAUCUCCCCCCCCCACUCCGCCGCCGCCUCGGCCUUUUCCGGCUUGCCCCGGCCAGACCGCGGCCGCGUCGGUUCUCCUGCCGCACCCAACGUGCCUCGGGCCUGGGUUGGCGCCCGUUGGGCAGGAGGAGGAGGAGGCCGAGCCCCGCUCGUGGCUUUUGUGCUCCGCAGGGCUGCGAAGGGGAACCAGGAGGCCCUGGCGCGGCCGCACGGGCAUCGCUUUUCCUCGGAAAGUUGCCCGCAAGUUUGCUGUUUCCUACGCGCCCCGGAGGCUGCUCGGCAUUUUGUACUUUCCAUUAUGCUCGUCCGUGUUGCCGUGUAAGGUGGACUUCUUUCCCCUGCAGUCUGUAUUUGCAGCCUUAAAGCAGGUUUAGUUGGAACAAAAGCUGUUGACCAUUGGGACUUAUAGUAAACGGGAAGAGAGUAUCAAGGUGUGAAUAUUGCGAUGUACAUAAGGAUUACUUUUAACAUCAGCAUUGGCCCAUUGGAUUCUGUGCUUACACACUGGCUCUGUUUUAGUUAUUUGUUAUACAGUAUAGUGAUUUGGUUUUUAUACAUCCAGUUUAUAUUACAGAAGAUGGAUAAAAUGUUGCAGACACACUGGUUUUUCUCUUUGGUGUGGUAGAGCAUGCUUCCUUUCAUUCCUCAUUAGUAAAUAACAGUAAUAAGAAUGUGGCCAACAAAAUGGUUUUAAUUUUUAUCCAUAAUGUCAUAGGUGGAAUUAAAUUGAACACAAACAUUCUUAAUCAGGCAAUACAGUUGAUCCUUUGAAAUAGUAUUUUUCAGUACAUGCAGUACUUUUGACAAGAGUUUAGUAUUGGCUCAAACUUCUUGUGGUUUCACAUUCCUUGUCAAAGAUGAUCUUAGUAUUAUAAAAUUCCUUUAGAGAAUGUACUUUGAUAUACAUGUGGUAGUCUUACUUGUAUGUAUGUGCGUAGCAGAAAAGGUAUUCACAUACAUGCAUUUUGCAUAUUUUUUACUACAUAGAUAUUGUUCCUGUAUAAGAAUUUGUCAUGUUUCAUGUAGUUGUAAGUGUGGUAAUAUAGAAACAUGAAUUCACCUGUGAAGGGCAGUAAGACAGUGCAAAAUCCUGUGGCCCAACCCUGAUUCUGUAUAGUUUGGUUAAGGUAUUAGAAGUAUUGCACCUGCAUCAGUUUAAUGAACCAAGUUACUUGUCACAUCUUCAUACUAGUUUGAUUUUGUUUUGCGUUACUCAGAAUGAGUGCUGAUCCACUCUUGAAAAUGAACCAUAUAUGAGCUAGUUAGAGGCACUCUCUGAAGAUGUCACUCCACCAUAAUUUGACUUGCCAUUGUGAGCUCCUUCAUUAAUGUGCAGCUCACCUGUUGAUAUAUUCCUCUGUAUUUUAAACUUCUUGUAUGCCUUUCAUCUGCUUCCUUUUCAGCCCUCAUGUCAGUCAGAAAAAUCCUUCUUUGUGUAAUUGGUUUGUGGUUCUGGCCUAAUUGCAUAUGAAGGUCUGGAAGAAAUUGGGAAAGUUGGGGAGACCUAUUCUAAUCCCACCACCACUACUUUUCUAAGCCCCCCCCCCCAUACAGAGUUCCUAACUUUGAAUGGAGGACCAGAAGCGUACCCAUGGGCUCAAACACACCUUCCUCUCUCCCCACCCUUUCCUUUUCAGAGCUUGCUACAAUGCAGCAGCUUUAUUUUUGUACAAAUGGUAAUGCUAAAUAAUCAUGUUCAUUUUCAAGCUGGAGUUUGAAGCUAUUUGUGAUCUUUGAUUAAUGCUACCUAUGGUUAGUAUGUUACAUUAGUGUAAAAGUAAUGUGUCUUGAUUAAUUUCAAAAAGAGUAGAAGGCGGGUAUUUUCACACAAAGUGGGAGCAUAGAAACGCAUGAUCUCACAUGGCAUGUGUUUUACCUAUGCACUAAGCUGCUGUGGGACGUUUUGCAUUUUCCUGUACAUGUGAGGGAGAGAAAAUGUAAUACCAUUUAUCCCAACAGCUAGUUUUAUUCACUGGAGUCAAGAGGUACAGGUAGCAAUCAUUCAAGAUCAUACCUUUGGCAUUUGCUCAAACUGUACUCCUAUUGACCAGGAAAGAGAACAUUGAGGACUUUCUGUACCCAUUACCACUACAGCCGGAAACAAUUGAAGCAGUGCACAAGAAUAUAAAAAUGAAGUAAAAUAUUAAAAGUACUUUUCUUAAAAGACAAUAAAGCCAUUUAUUCAAACUCUAAAGCAAUAUAAUCAUUCCUACAAACUCUAAAAACUAUAAAGCAUUUCUACAGAUGUACAAUCAAUAUUCCAUAAAUGAUCAGGCUUUUCCCUCUACAUAAUUCCAUCCUCAUUUCAGACAUUGUGAUAUAUUGUGAUGUUCAGCUGGUGAUAUAUUGCCAUGUUGAAAACCUGAUAUCGUCACACCUCAGGGAAAGCCUUCUUAAAAAGUCUUCACUUAGUUCCUAAACAUCAUGAUGUUUGGGCUGGUAAUUGAUUGCAGAGUUUCCAGUACAUCUCUGGGGCAUGUGGUACUAGGUGUAGCAGCAUGAUGGAGCCAUCUUUUUUCCAUGAUUUCUUUUUAAAAAUGAAGCUUUGAAGGCAGGAGCUAGGUUUGUUACCGUUUUCCAUAAAUGCUGCAGAACCACAUUUUUAAUACUACGAAAGCAUUCUAUAUCUUUGAAAGAAGUUUCAAAUAAUUUACUGUGUGCAUUGAAGAUACACGCAAGAUGACUUAAUACAAAUUGUUAUCGAUCAUCUCUUAGUUUUCACUGUCGAAUUACACUUCAACAUUUUUAAUAAAUUUAAAAUGAGUAAAAGUAUGAGAAAUUGCAAAUCCCCUAUUAUAAUCAACUUUAAAGUUUCAACAAUAUAUUGUAAAUAUUUUAGGGCUCAGACCUUGAAAUGUGUCCAGGAAAAGCAAGUGGUGAAUAAUUAUUUGGAUUGGUGGCUCUGUUUAUUGAGCCUUUUUUCCACAUUACACUGAUUUCUAUCUAUUUAGAAUACAUCUCUUACUGUUGUCACAGUUGGGGCGCAUAUGUGCAUAUAAAUGGGUAUACUGAAGAAUUAAUCUAAUUCUUAAAAUGUGAAUGGCCAUUUUGUACUUGCAGUUAAUGUGUUUUGUGGUUUUGCACUCAGUAAUGCAUAUUUGUGGCCAAAAUUCCUGCCCUUGCUUGGUAUUAUGGAUAUAGAACCAGCGGGUGAUAGGUUUUUCAAGAUAUAUUCAGCCUUGCCAUUUAUUUAUUGCUUAAAUAACUGAGUGGCACACUGCAUCUGCCUUCCUUCCACUGUUGAUGCUGUUUAAUUAUUUUCUGGAUUUGUAAUAAUAAUAAUAAUAAUAAUAAUAAUAAUAAUAAUAAUUUAUUUAUACCCCGCCCAUCUGGCUGGGCCUCCCCAGCCACUCUGGGCGGCUUCCAUAGAAACCAAAAAUACAGUAAAAUAUCACACGUUAAAAACUUCCCUGAACAGGGCUGCCUUAAGAUGUCUUCUGAAUGUCAGGUAGUUGCUUAUCGCUUUGACAUCUGCUGGAAGGGCGUUCCACAGGGCGGGCGCCACUACCGAGAAGGCCCUCUGCCUGGGUCCCUGUAACUUGGCUUCUCGCAGGGAGGGAACCGCCAGAAGGCCCUCGGUGCUGGACCUCAGUGUCCGGGCAUAACGAUGGGGGUGGAGACGCUCCUUCAGGUAUACUGGACCGAGGCCGUUUAGGGCUUUAAAGGUCAGCACCAACACUUUGACUUGUUCUCGGAAACGUACUGGGAGCCAAUGUAGGUCUUUCAAGACCGGUGUUAUAUGGUCUCAGCGGCCGCCCCCAGUCACCAGUCUAGCUGCCGCAUUCUGGAUUAGUUGUAGUUUCCAGGUCACCUUCAAAGGUAGCCCCACAUAGAGUGCAUUGCAGUAGUCCAAGCGGGAGAUAACCAGAGCAUGCACCACUCUGGCAAGAGAGUCCGUAGGCAGAUAGGGUCUCAGCCUACGUACCAGAUGGAGCUGGUAAACAGCUGCCUUGGACACAGAUUUGACCUGUGCCUCCAUGGACAGCUGUGAGUCCAAAAUGACUCCCAGGUUGUGCACCUGGUCCUUCAGGGGCACAGUUACCCCAUUCAGGACCAGGGAAUCCUCCACACCCGCCCGUCUCCUGUCCCCCCAAAACAGUACUUCUGUCUUGUCAGGAUUCAACCUCAAUCUGUUAGCCACCAUCCAUCCUCCAACCACCUCCAGACACUCACACAGGACCUUCACCACCUUCACUGGUUCUGAUUUAAAAGAGAGGUAGUUGUAUCAUACAUUUUGACUAAUACCGGGGUUGGAAACCUGUAACACUCUAGAUGAUGUUGGACUCCAACUCAUCCCUGGCAGGUUUCCCCGUCAUUGGACUUAAUUUUUUUAUGGCUGGUCACUGUAUUAAACUACAAUGAAUAUGUUAAAGCAGUGGUUCACAAACUCUUCUCUGGGCUACACUUUCAGAAUAAAAAUUUGCUUGUGCCACACAAAAAAAUUUAUUGAUAAGAAAUACAUUGGGAAACAAAAAGAAGCAACUCCUAGCUUUGCUUCAUUUAUAACAUAGAACAUAACUACUUUAUAAUAUGAUCAUGGGCAUCCAUAAAGUAUAAAACAAUGCAGCUACAUAAGAACAUGAAUCAUUUCCAAAAUAUACAGUGGUUACAAACACUUUGGGUUACAAACUCCACUACCCCGGAAGUAGUACCUUGGGUUGAGAAGUUUGCUCCAGAAUGAGAACGGAAAUUGUGAGCUGGUGGCAGCGGGAGGCCCCAUUAGCGAAAGCACGCUAAUGUUAAGAACAGUUUCAGGUUAAGAAUGGUCCUUCAGAACAAGUUUGUGACCCGAGGUACCACUAUAAUUAUAAACGAGCCUCUUACAUACGUACCUUAAGCAGUGCUUUUUUUCAGAGGGUACGGAGGGGUACACAUACCCCUAAACAUUUUGUGAAUCUGUACUUUUGUCCAUUUACUGUAUUUAUUUUUCCAGAUUUGAACUUUAAAAAGGUGGUUUUCUUGAGUCAAACUUUUUUUUAGAAAAAAAGCACUGACCUUAAGUAUGUAUACCAAUGCGAUGAGAGGUAUGAGCUUGCAGGAUCACUUGAUGCUCUUGCUCUCAUUUUGAAAAUAUAGCAACAACAUCUAUUCAUAUUCUUCAACUUAAAAAAUUAUAUAACACUACACUGAAAUGUUUAAAUGUUUCUUUGAAUCUUCCCACUACACUUGCCAUCCUCUCCUGCCCUUUGAGAAGUGUUGUGUUAAAGCCAUAUCCAUAAAACAAAACCCGACAAGCAGAAGCCAGCUACUGGUGUUUUCUUUACCUACCUGCAAAACUUCAGACAGGUGCUAUGCUAAGAUGUAUAAAAAACAGUAUAGUGCUUCAGUAGCUGUCAUCAUUUAAGAACAAAAGUAUCUAUCUUAAGACAAAAGAGCAAAAAGCACGCACCAGCAGUGGUAGCUGACACAGUGCUUUCCAGACAUUAUGGUUUGGAACUCCCACCAUCCCUGACAAAUCACCAUGCUGUCUGUGCUGGUGGGAGUUGUAGUUUAGAACAUUUGGAAGAACCGUGUUGGCUACUCCUGUUGUACAGGGGUGGCCAGGCUAGUGAGUGUUAUGGGAAACAGAAGACCCCUGUGUAAUAUUUAUUGACCAAGUCUCCAUUAAUAAAAACCACAGUAAACAAUAACAAUCUUUUGUUCAUGACAUAGUAUAAAGUUGUUUCCAAUUUUCUGUGCAGCUGUUAUUUAUUACAUUUAUAAUCUGCAUUUCAUUAGGCUUAUUAUUAUUUUAUUUUCAUUAUUUCAUUAAAAUUUGUAUACUGCCUAAUACUUACAGGUCUCAGGGUGGGUAUAGAGUUCUGCGGUGUCACCCUUCCAAACUUGCUUAGUGUUAGUAAAGUUGUUACAAUAUGUGCCUUUGAACUGUGCUCUAGAACCGAUCUAUGUUCUAGCAUAAAGAUAUUGCAUAUGAUAACUUCUUCAAUGUAAUAAAAUAUUACAAAUUUAUUAAAAGAGAUAUAGUAGUUUUCAUAGAGAUACUAUGAAAACUACUAUUAAAAUAUUUGCACCCUAAUAUUCUACUAUUCAAAAGUAGCAUGUUGCUUAUUAGUUAUGAAUGACAUCUAAUGCUACCAUUCUGUUUAUGGAAUGGAUUUUGAUUCAGUGGAAGCAUCCACUAUAACGUAAGAGUAGGAGAGGUGAUUUUUACUGAUUUUCCCCUUCCUGCUGCAAGUCCCCCUGCACCACCUUUCAUGCCUUUCUGGAAGGCCUCUCAGCCUUUUGGAUCAGGGUUUGUUGGGGACACAAGUGGCUGCAGUGAGAAGGGGGAAUCUGCAAAAGUCAUCUGCCAUUAGUGAACUUUGGGGGAUGGGAAUACAGUCGAGUUGUCAUUUGUGUACAUUUAAUUUCCGCAAUCACAGCUUUACAUAGUUGGUGAUCAGCCAGCUGACACCGCACAAAUUAAAUUAAACUCUCUGCCUUGCUUUUGGGGCUCUGAGAAGUUCUUGCUACACAAAGCUUUUCCAGAACCAAGUAUGUAAGGCAGAGAGCUAAAAGCUCUUCCUUGCAUUGGCAGGGGGCAGGGGGAGACCUGCUUUGGUGCGGGCUUUGGGAAGGUAAGGAUGCUUGUAUGGGUCAGUUGUUUUAACACUGCAAUUUUGGCUUUAUGUGCCAUCCCCAGAAUGUAACCCCUGUGCAAGUUGCAAGUCAAAUGUAUACACUUGAUAUGGUUUUGAAUGUAAGCCCAUUUGAAUAUGAAUCGUGGAAAACAUUAACUUAGAUUGUGCUGUAAAGCUAUAGUAUACAAAUUGAAUUGCCUUUUCUUUUGUAUAGGUUUAUGGCAACAAAUGACUUGAUGACUGAACUACAGAAAGAUUCUAUCAAGUUAGAUGAUGAUAGUGAAAGGAAGGUUGUGAAAAUGAUUCUGAAGUUGCUGGAAGAUAAAAAUGGUGAAGUACAAAAUUUAGCAGUCAAAUGGUAUGUAUGUGUCUGUGAUUAGAGUUUUUAAAUUCUUAUGCAUUGACUUGAUUCUAUAUUGAGCAUAUAAGAAUUGCUUUGUUUGUCUAGUCCAGCAUUUUGUCUCCAUAAAAUGCAUGUUUGAUGCCCCUGAGAAGAUCACCAGCAGAGUAUAAUGGAGAUAGAUCAUAUUCUUGUUUCCUAUUUGAUUACAUUUUUGGUACUGUGAAUAUUAGUCAGUGAAAUAUUGCUGUUCCUUCUGAAACUCCUGCUGGUCAAUUUCAUUAGUUGACUCUCAAAGCAAAAAAGAUAGUAUUCACGCUUUCUACACAUUUCAUAUUUUUAUAAAUAUCUGCAGAUAUCUGUAUUUCACACCUUCCCAUCUGUUUGAAGACCAAAGGUGGAGUGGAUGAUCACUUAAUAUUGGAACGGUCCCUGUAAUUACUAAUUAGCUAGUCUACAUAUAAUUGUAUAACAAAGGAGAUAGUGUUUGGUUUAGAUAUAUUUAAAAGCUGGAUAGUUGUGUCAUGGAUAACGGACAUGAAUUUAAAAUUAAUUAUUAACUUACAUUUUCCUGAUGUGAAAGUGCAGCUUGAAAUAACCUACUGAAAUUGUUAGUAACUGGUUUGGACAUGUCACAAAAUAUGUUAGUUGAUUAUCACUCUGUGUUUGUGACGUUAAUACCGCGGUGGGGAACCCCUGACCUGUAGACUUAAUUAGCCCCAACAGGCUUCUCCAGUUGAUCUCUGAGGCCAUUUUGGUGAAGCCACACCCACUUGACCUGCAUCAGACAUAAUGUAUGAUAUCAGGUAUGGGACAGGUAAAAAUGUGGCUCCAUUCUGAAAGGGGGGUUUGCUGGCACGUUUAUCAGCAGCACCUGAAAUCAAACCACAUGUGCAAAGUGGGGGGGGGGGACCUCUCCUGAAAUCUGCUGUUGGAUGAUUGACCUAUCAAAAUUGCCCAUGGGUUUUGGGGGCCUGGGGUGGAUCUGCACAUAGGGAAAACCACUAUUAAUAACUCAGAAAUUAAAUCGUUGUAACAACAACAACAACAAAAAUGCUAUGGAAAAUCACAAAGAAUUUUUUUUACUCUCCAGCACCAUCUGGUGUUGCAUGUUUAUCAUGUAUUCUAAACACUUUUUUGAGUAACGGAGCUAAGUUCCAAUAAAUUGUUCCAUAUACAUCCUGUAAAUGUGGCAUUAGUUGCCAACUUUGAGAAUGUCCCAGGAUGUUUUAUAAAACUAUAUUCGCCUGAAUGCGGGUUACCAUAGAUUGACCUGUCUGUGCAUUCGACUCCCGGAACUGUUCGAAAAUCGAGACGCGGCUUCCGAUUGGCUGCAGGAGCAUCCUGCAGCCAAUCGGAAACCGCGCCAGAUGUUCAGCUUCCGAAAAUCAUUCGAAAACCGGAACACUCAUUUCCAGUUUUCGAUUGUUCAGGAGCCGAAACGUACGAGUUCCAAGGCAUUCGGCAACCAAGGUACGAGUGUACAGGUAAGUGAAUUCCUAACAUUUUAGAUGUGAUGAAUCAGUUUUUAAAGUGUAUUAAAUGCUUUUUUGGUUUCGUUACAGCCUUGGGCCCCUGGUGAGUAAAGUGAAAGAAUACCAAGUGGAGACAAUUGUAGAUACCCUCUGUACUAACAUGCUUUCUGAUAAAGAGCAGCUACGUGAUAUUUCAAGCAUUGGCCUUAAAACAGUCAUUGGAGAACUUCCUCCUGCUUCCAGUGGUAAUUUCUACUACUUCUCUAUAUUUAGUCAUUUCUCUUCUAGUUUGAUAUUGAUUAAUGAAAUUGGAUUCAGUUAAAUUCUAGCUAACACUAAGAUUUACUUACCUUGGAGAUAAAAGAUUUUUCUGAUGCCAUCUUUGCCCUUAGAUGUUCUUAUUGUGUUCUGAUUUUUAGCUGGGGUAUUUGUGUUUGGAGAAGAGACAAGAGGAGUUCAAGAACUAAAGCUGGUGGACAUAGUAUGGUCUUUGGUUAAGGUUCUGUGUAUGGUAUUCUGUAACACCAUUAUGUUGUGCAGCAUGGCCCAGGAUUUAUGCCUGAAAAUGUGCAGACUGUGCUACAGUCGUAGUUAAUUUCCCCCAUUAAGGUUGUGUGGUGUAAUUGAUGCUUUCGCUAUGUAACAUUUGAAGUUUCACAAGGAUGGCAGUCUACAGUAAUUCAGUGGGCCUCUGGGUCAGCAACUUUGUACCUCAUUCCACUCUGUCCAACUGAAGGUUCUUCUUGGCCGCUUUGAUUCAUCCUGAUCCUCUUCUGCUGCUUACCGGCUCUUGUUAAUGCUAGCUAUUGAUCAUACCAAGAAUUAUACAAAAAUAUUUCUAAGUUUUAGGGUACAAACAUUUUUUCUGGGGGUAAUUCACCUCCUGUUGUGGCUAACGUUGAAACUAGUGUUUUAAAUUUCACCACUUAAAUUAAAUAUGAAUCUUCACCUCAAGGAAAAGAGUCGUUCAGUCUGGUUUUAAUCUCAGACUACUUGUGACAGUACUUUCAGAAAAAUGAAAAUAAUGGAAAUAAAUAGAACAUAUUGAAUCCAAACUGCAAAAAUCCACAAUUCACCCUGAUUCUAUUUUUAAUGGCCUUCAGUUUGGGAUCCUGAUUUUGCUAGUUGGUCAGUCAAUUUCCUAUACUGUAUUAGGAAAGGAGUGCUACUACUGAGUUUCUGUGUAAUUAGUGUUGUCUGUGAAAGAAACACAUACAAUGAAGUUCAAAUUACAAAUUAAAAGCUCGAGAAAGUACCUUACUUUGACUUUUACAAUAACUGUGUUCCCUUUAUAUAAUCUUAAGGUGCAAAUGCUAUUGUUUAUGUAGCACAAACACACUUUUGGUGGGGGGCAAGUUUUACAGAAGUAUAAAAAAUACUGAGAGAAAAAUUAAGAGUGCCUUUUCAGUAAUGGCACCUGCACUGUUGAACACCCUCCCAUCAGAUGUCAAAGAGAUAAACAAUUACACAACUUUCCGUAGACACCUGUAUUGGAAAGUUUGUAAUGUUUUGCCGUGUUCUGAUAUAUUCUGUUGGAAGCCCCCUAGAGUGGCUGGACUGGGGCAACCCUGUCAGAUGGGCGGGGUACAAGUAAUUUAUUAUUAUGGUUAUGAUUGUUACAGACCAGUGAUAACUGUACAUGUUAAGUGGGCACAGAUUGCUCACAGAAAAAUUAAACAAAACUGGGAGGGGAUGGAAAUGGAAUGGAAUAUCCUCAACAGAAGCAACCAAGAGUUCAACACUUUAUUGAAAUUCUCACUUGUAAAACAGUAAUAGAAGUCUUUAUAUAUGCAGCUGUUCUGCUUUACUAGCUAGUUUCUUCUAAUAUACUGCUUCUAAAUAAUCCUCAGUGAAAUUUGAGCCAUGAUCAGGAAUGCAGGGAGGGCUUUACUCAUGGAUUGCUCUUACUGGAUUAUGGUGUAUGCAUGUGUGUGUUUUUUCCUGCAUUACCAGAGUUCAGAUUACUAGGCAGUAAUCAGAAUGAAGUGGACUCUACUCCAUGAAAGUUUGUCAUACUAAAUUUGUUAGUCCCUACGAUGCCGCAAGACUGUUAGUUGUUUUUGCUGCAACACAAACUAACACUGCUACCCACAAUAAUUGGUUCUAAUAAAUCUAUCACUAGAUAACCCACACUUGUUUUGAAAAUGGCUCAAGUUCAUACCAGGUUUGUUACAUGUCUUGUGAAAUAGCAUAUAUAUGCUGACAAAAUGUUAUUAUGGUGUUUCCCUAUUUCUAGGUUCUGCAUUAGCAGCUAAUGUUUGUAAAAAGAUCACUGGGCGUCUUACCAGCGCUAUCGCCAAGCAAGAGGAUGUGUCUGUUCAGUUAGAGGCCUUAGACAUCAUGGCUGAUAUGUUAAGCAGGUAAACAUGCAUGUUAAAAAUGCUUGUAAACAAUAAUUCCUUUAAAAAGUUGUGUAAUGUUCAUAUGCAGGUCAAAUGUCUGGAAACUUUUUAUUGAAGAGAAUGUUAAUGAAGCUGAAUGAGUGCAGAGUUGUUAAAUGCAUAAUAAAUGUAAUGCUGAAGCUGAAUUUGCAUUAAUUAUUGCUUCCAUAUUCAAUAAUUGAGAGAGCUUUUUGAUAUUUUGGAUAGAGAAAAGACAGCUAAGAGAUACUUAGGGAAAGCUUUGAGGUGUAAAUUUAGGGGGAAACCUGGAGUAAGAUCAUGUCAACAUAUUGCACUGUUACUCAGAAAUCUAUGCUUGCUGCCAAUUUGUUCGAGACCAAAUUGAAGGUGUUACUACUAGUAUAGAAAGUCGUUACAGCUUGGGACCAGUAUACUAGAAGGAUUGCCUUACCUUACAGAUGUCUACAGAAUUGGCACUUUUACAAGUGCCACAUAAUGUUCAUGCUGCACUUGUAGGAAGUAUGCUUUUUAGUUUGGCAGAACCUAUGCUCCCUUCACCAUUGACUUUAGGCAGGUCCCUUUCCUGUACUGUUUAUGGUGCUUGCUAAAAACAUUUUUGCUAAGGCAAGCCUAUCUAGCUGUUGAGAUAUAUUUCAAUAUGUAAUUUGAUUUUAUAAUGCAUAUUUUCUUAACUGCUGAUGUGAUAUAUAUGUUAGUUUGUAACUCUUGACCUUUAUUGAUAAUUUCAGUCUAUACUUUAUUUUAUGUAAACCACUUAGAGGUUUUUAUGAUUAAGUUGCUUACAAAUUCCAUUAAUUAAUUAAAAAAUGGAAAAGCCCGGACAAUAAAAUUUGUUUUAUUCUAACUUAAUUUUUGUCUGUUUUAAGGCAAGGAGGAUUGCUCGUUAACUUCCAUCCUUCUAUUCUGACAUGCCUGCUUCCUCAGCUGACUAGUCCAAGGCUUGCUGUGAGAAAAAGAACCAUCAUUGCUCUUGGUCAUCUUGUUAUGAGUUGUGGAAACAUAGUGUUUGUUGACCUCAUUGAGCAUCUGUUGACAGAGCUUUCUAAAAAUGAUUCCAUGUCAACAACAAGGACCUAUAUACAGUGUAUUGCUGCCAUCAGUAGGCAAGCAGGUCAUAGAAUAGGUAAAUAAAUUUGCAUAUUAUUGAAAUCUUCCUAUUUUUCACAUGAAAUGUUAAAUGUUCCCCAUGAAUGACUGUUUGUUUUCUGUUGUCAGGUGAAUACCUGGAAAAAAUUAUCCCUUUGGUAGUAAAAUUCUGUAAUGUAGAUGAUGAUGAGCUUCGAGAAUAUUGCAUUCAAGCAUUUGAAUCUUUUGUUAGGAGGUAAGGUGGUAAUAGGUGCACUUGUUUUUUCCUGGUUAACUUAACAGUAUGAAAUAAGUUGAAAGCAAGCUUUAGAGGCACUGAGAAGAGGCUCUGGUUAAACAUGGUGGGAACCCUUAAAUUGUUAAAUUGCAUAAUAUUUUGAGUGUCAUUGGUAGAAAUUAAUUUUUUACUGCUUGCAUUACUAUCUUUGACUUUAAUGCAACUAACAUCUCCCUAGCAUAAAUAAUGCAGCUAUUGAGAAGUGGAUUCUUAAAAGUUUCCGUUCAAAUCACCACUUCACAGGAUACAUAGAUAUAGCUAAACCUAGGCCUUAUGAUGUGCCAAUGCUACAAAGUAGCGUUUCCCCAAAGCAUCAGUUGCAGUGAACAUGUGCAGAGUCUGAUUCUGUCUAAUAUGUGAUGAAAACAUCUGCACAGGAAUACUUUGCUAAAUAUGAUCUUCCAUGUAAUUUAGAAUAGUAUGUGGGGAUUACCUCGGAAUCAGAAUCCUGCAUUGCCCUGCCACUCUUCCUCUUCUGCCCCUUCCCCCAGUUGCUUCUGUUGCUUUGUAGCGGAGUGGGAAUGGGCAUCUAAACAUCCAGAUUCCAGCCCUUUUGGGGUUAGAUGUUCCUGGCAUGCGCACCUCUAAAUGAGAGGAAGUUGCCCUAGAAAGGGCUUUGAGAAGAGAUGGCACAUUGUGCACUGGCUUUGCUUGGGACUUGGCUUGGGAAGUAGCGCUGACUGUGCCAAAAUCAGCACAUAAGAAAUUCAUGUGAUUCAUUGAUAAGCACAGAAUAAUUCAUUUGGGUCACUUUCCCCAGAUUACUCUGGUUCUCUUGGGAUUGCCACCCAGAAGCCCUGCCCUCCCAUUUUAUCCUGAAAAUAUUUAUUCUUCACUAGCUUGGCCAGAGAGAACCACUUAUUAUAUAUUACUUUACCAUUGUUCUAUACAGUUUUGCUGAUAGACCCAGUUCAAUCAUAUAGCAAUACUGAGUGAUGCUUUAUUUUCAGUAGAUUCCUAAUUAAUGUUAUGCUUAUUAUGCAGAUGUCCUAAAGAAGUUUAUCCUCAUGUAACUACCAUUAUAAACAUUUGUCUUAAGUACCUUACAUAUGAUCCCAACUACAAUUAUGAUGAUGAAGAUGAAGAUGAGAAUGCUAUGGAUGCUGAUGGUGGAGAUGAUGAUGAUCAAGGUGAACUUGUGUGAAGAUUGAAAUAUUCAAGUAUCUUAAGAUACAGUUAUUAGUGCAGCAUUCUAAAUGAAAUGUUUUCAUAGUGUAAUGGCAGAGCUUUGUUAGAUAAGGACACUCCAGCCCAGUCUUUGUGAAAGUAAUUUGCCUCUUACUAUUGGAGGCCAGCAGGGAGUAACCAAAUUUUGUAAAUUGUAAAUUGCAAACUGGCACUUAUAACUAAUGGGGGAAUGAUGUGAAAUGUUCAGUGAAGUGAAUGUUCCAAGAAAAAUCCAUUCCUUUUAAUGAGGUUUACCUGAGAGCAGUGAUUGUCAGAUUGAUAGUCAUUGAUUUGCCUAGUGUUGCUUGUAUGCUUUGUUUGUAUUUGUAUUAAUACCCAAAUAAUAAAAUACAAAGUGAUCUCUAGGCUAUGGGCUUUAGUUAUGAUUUUAUAUAUAACACAGAAACCUUUUAUUUCCUCCCCACCCCAAAAGGGAGCGAUGAUGAAUACAGUGAUGAUGAUGACAUGAGCUGGAAAGUUAGACGUGCAGCUGCGAAAUGCUUGGACGCUGUAGUCAGUACGCGACAUGAAAUGUUACCAGAGUUCUACAAGACGGUGUCUCCUGCUUUAAUUGCUAGAUUCAAGGAACGAGAGGAAAACGUAAAAGCAGAUGUUUUCCAUGCAUAUCUCUCUCUUUUAAAACAAACGCGUCCUGUGCAGAGUUGGCUCUGUGAUCCUGAUGCCAUGGAACAAGGAGAGACUCCUUUAACAAUGCUUCAGAGUCAGGUUGGUGGAUAAAACAUUGGUAUUUUGUAAAGUAAAAGGCCAUAUUGUUUGCUCUGGAUAAACGUCAGAAAGGGGGAAACAUUAAUUUGCACCUUUCCCUCAAAGCAAUGUGUUUUAGAAAGUUUAGGAGUUUUAUAAUCUGUCUUUACAAUCUAGAGCUUUUGGAAUUGUGCUGCUGUCGACUACUUUUGAUGCCGAGUGGUGACUGCCUGCUUUCAUAAUGCGACAUAGAAUUUCUGUCUCCCCCCACAAGCCCCUUCUGUGCCCAAAAAAUCUGUUGGGGGGGGGGAGGAAGGAGAAACCCCAUUAUGUGAGCAGAUACUUGUUUGUGCUACUUUUAAGCAUCUUUGCUAUUUUUGAAAUCUGCUGGGCUUUCUGCAAAGUGCCAAAAGCUUACUUCUGUCUGAAUGUCCGUGGUCCUCAUAUUUACUUAAGAAUCACACAAAACCUGUCGGGUUGUAUAUAUAAAAAGUGCUAACUGCUGAACAUUGUAACAAGUAUAUAAUAAUUACAGGUUCCCAACAUUGUUAAAGCCUUGCACAAACAGAUGAAGGAGAAGAGUGUGAAGACUCGUCAGUGUUGUUUUAACAUGCUAACAGAGUUGGUCAAUGUCUUGCCUGGGGCUCUCACACAGCAUAUUCCUGUACUUGUCCCAGGUAUGAAAAAUAUAUCUUAACAUGUUGUAAAGUUUUAACCUUGACAUCUGGUAGUGCUUUGAAGCAUGCUUAUAUAUUUUGCAUAGAAGUGGCAUAUUAUUAGAAUUUUGGUUCUCAUGUAGUGUACUAUGUGUGUGUAUUUUAUCAAGCUUUCUACAACUAUAUCUGUACAUUUGCUUGUUCUCUAUUGAAUUUAUUCCUGUACAUUGCAACUGGAGUUCCUUGAGAAAGAUAUUCAGAUAGAAGAGAUGCUAAUAAUUGAUAUUUCUGUUAUGGUUGGUAAUACAGUCGUACCUUGGAAGUCGAACGGAAUCCGUUCCGGAAGUCCGUUCAGUUUUCAAAACGUUCAAAAACUAAAGCUCCUGCAGCCAAUUGGAAGCCCCAACGGACGUUUGGCUUCCAAACAGUCAUUUCUGGGUUUGCAGCAUUUGGGAGCCAAAAUGUUCGAGAACUAAGCUGUUCGAAAACCAAGGUAUGACUUGCUUGCAGUUUUUUAUCUGUGGCUUCAGAUAAAACAUAAAAUGCAUACAGAAUAAUGAUUCGAAAUGGUAUGAGAGAUGGAAAUAAUGUGAAAAAUAUAACCAGGAUCAGGGAAGGAGUAAUGCAAGUCAGAUUGUUUUUAGCAAGAUUGUAGACCUUUAUUGUGAUUGGAGACAAUAUGCAAGUGUCAUUAAACUAGAAAAACCAGUAUGCAUCCAAAGCGUAAAAUACCUAGUGGCAAGCCUCCAAACAUGAAUAGGAUUAGGUCCAGGAAUCAUUUUGUCCUCCCUGCUUCAUUCUCUGGCAAACCAUAUUCUUUUAGUAGCACAAAAUUUUUAGAUUGGGUGGCUGCUACUAAGCUAUUGUAAAAUCGCUUGACGGCUAGGUGCAUGAAAGAGCAGAAACAGGCCCAAGGAAGCUCUGAUUUUGAAGGAUUGCUGGUGUGGUUACAGUUAGAAGCGAAACCUAGAUUGAAUCUGUUGGGUUAAUGGGAUUUGUAUAAAGGCAUUGUUUGGAAAGAUGAGUUCUGAGUAAAAAACUGAGCCAAGAGGAGGUUCAAAAUUAGACAAAAAUUUUGCUCUUAAUGAAAAAUAUUGGAUAAACCAUCAAAUCACCUUUUCCUAUCUGCGCUACUUAAGUAUAAGUUCAGAAACUUACUGGUUUGUAACCUGCUUUAAAUCAGCAAGUGUGCUUCAGAUAUACAAUUGUGUGAAUUAACUCUUUAUUCUUCUUACAGGGAUAAUUUUUUCACUGAACGACAAAUCAAGUUCUUCUAAUCUGAAGAUAGAUGCUUUAUCGUGUUUGUAUGUGAUCCUCUGCAAUCACACGCCCCAAGUUUUUCACCCUCAUGUUCAAGCAUUGGUGCCUCCUGUUGUGGCAUGCGUUGGAGACCCAUUUUAUAAAAUAACAUCUGAGGCGCUGUUGGUUACCCAGCAGCUUGUGAAAGUCAUCCGGCCUCUGGAUCAGCCUUCUUCUUUUGAUGCAAGCCCUUACAUCAAAGAUUUGUUUACGUGUACAAUCAAGAGACUCAAAGCUGCUGAUAUUGACCAGGAAGUAAAAGAGAGGGCAAUCUCCUGUAUGGGUCAAAUCAUUUGCAGUCUCGGCGACAAUCUUGGCUCUGACCUUCCUAGUACACUUCAGAUCUUCUUAGAGAGACUAAAAAACGAGAUCACUCGGCUAACCACUGUGAAGGCUUUGACUCUGAUAGCUGGUUCUCCGCUGAAGAUAGAUCUGAGGCCAGUUCUAGGAGAAGGUGUUCCUAUUCUUGCUUCUUUCCUCCGAAAGAACCAGAGAGCUCUGAAACUAGGAACUCUUUCUGCUUUAGAUAUAUUAAUCAAAAACUACAGUGACAGCUUGACAGCUGCUAUGAUUGAUGCUGUCCUGGAUGAGCUUCCACCUCUCAUCAGUGAGAGUGAUAUGCAUGUGUCACAAAUGGCCAUUAGUUUUCUGACCACCCUUGCUAAAGUUUAUCCUUCUUCUCUCUCGAAAAUCAGUGGCUCCAUACUGAAUGAACUUAUUGGGCUGGUGAGGUCACCAUUAUUGCAGGGUGGAGCACUCAGUGCCAUGCUAGAAUUUUUCCAAGCUCUGGUUGUGACUGGAACAAGUAACUUAGGAUAUAUGGACUUAUUGCGUAUGUUAACGGGCCCAGUGUACUCUCAGAGUACAGCACUUACUCACAAGCAGUCUUAUUAUUCCAUUGCCAAAUGUGUAGCUGCCCUUACACGAGCAUGCCCUAAAGAGGGACCAGCAGUAGUAGGUCAGUUUAUUCAAGAUGUUAAGAACUCAAGGUCAACAGAUUCCAUCCGUCUCCUUGCUUUGCUUUCUCUUGGGGAAGUUGGACACCACAUUGACUUAAGUGGACAAAUAGAGCUAAAAUCUGUAAUAUUAGAAGCAUUCUCCUCUCCAAGUGAAGAAGUGAAAUCAGCAGCUUCUUACGCAUUGGGCAGCAUCAGUGUCGGCAACCUUCCUGAGUACCUCCCAUUUGUCUUACAAGAAAUUACUAGUCAACCUAAAAGGCAAUACCUUCUGCUCCAUUCCUUGAAGGAGAUAAUUAGCUCCGCAACAGUGCAAGGCCUCAAACCAUAUGUGGAGAGCAUCUGGUCUUUGCUCCUGAAACACUGUGAGUGUGCAGAAGAGGGUACCAGAAAUGUUGUUGCUGAAUGCUUGGGGAAGCUUACUUUAAUAGACCCAGAGACUCUGCUACCGCGCCUUAAAGGAUAUUUGCUUUCAGGUUUGUAAACUUUUAAUAUCUUCAUGUACUGUUUUGGGAUACCACCCACAACUAAUUCCUCCAGAAUGGUCCUAUUCAGUUGUAAUAGUUUCAGACUGGAGUAAAUUGAUUGUGGAUUUGGUAGAAGAGAAGGAUUUCUUUGGUGCAUGUCUUAAACAGAAAUUGUAACUCUUAAAAACUGAAAACUAAGUUAUGCAUUGCGGGUAAUAAUUAGAAAAUGUCACCCACUUAAGAGGGAAGUAUUAUAAGGAUUUUUUCAGACCAAUUUAAAAGCACUGUACAAAGAAUAUUACACAGAGAUGAUCUAUUUAAUAUUGUCCUGCCAAAAGGAUUGCAACAAGGAUAGUUUGAGAUCAGUCAAAGUGAUAUUUAUACUGACCGAUAGAAAUUAGAUUACCUAUGUCCAUAUAUUUUUGUGGAAACCCCUUAUGUCCAGGUGUUGAUUCUAUUCCACCAUUUUUGUCUGUCCUGAUCAUCUUUGAUUCAUCUGGGUGACAUUUUAGCUAUGUGAUUGCUUAUGGAGAUAAAAAGAAAAACAAGGGCAGGAAGUCUUCAGCCUACCAUUAGCGAAAAAGGUUUGCUAAUUCCAUGUGCUAAAGUUCUUAUUGUAAUAGAACAAUUGGCCAUUGCUGCCUAGACAAUCCUAGUGGAACACAUUUCUAGUAGAUCUGCGACCCAUUUUCUAAAUUGAAUUAUUCAAACAGAAACAAACAACAUCAGACAAUAUAAGCUAAAUAAUAAAAACCAAGACAAUACGUUCUGUUCAUACAAGUGUGGCAGGGGAAUGGUUAGUGAUCCAGGCAAGUGCUCAAGACAUUCAAGCAAAUAGAUGUGUAUAAUGAAUCCAGAUAUCAGAUAAUUUCCCAUCUUUUUUGUGCUUUUGGAAGGUCACCAGCUGAGUUCUGUCCCCGUAUGAUAUGGGGAGUAGACCUCUUCCAAUAUUGAAGUGUUAGAUGUUUAGCCACUACAAAUGCCCUUAGAAAGAAGUUAAAUUGUCCCUUCUGUCAGGUUCCAAAGGACCUGUACAUAAUUCAGCAAAACAUUAAAAUCUGAGAACCUAAGGUCCAAAACCAUAUUUAUGUGGCUGCUGUGGCCCAAGUUUGUUCGGAAUAGGGUUGCAGAUUUAAAUAAAAUUCAUUUUAAAAGGGGAUUGGACAAAUUCAUGGAGGAGUGGCUAUUAGUCAUGAUGCCUAUGUAUCAGAGGCAGUAUAUCACUGUACCACUUCUUGGGGAUGAGAAGCAGACAAGUGAAGUCCUAAUCGCUUCUCAUAGACAUCUCAAUGACCACUGUGAGAACAGGAUGUUGGGCCUUAGGUCUGAUCUAGCAAAGGUUCUUUUUAUGUUCUUAUCUGUAUCAUACUGCAGAACCAUAUAGCUGAUAAUAGUAAGCAGAGUACAAAACCAGAGUUUAAAUCUUAACUUAGCUAUCAAGCUUACUGGAUGACGUUGGGUCAGUCACCAUUUCUCAACUUCUUUCACAAGGGGAUAAUUAUGUACACUGAGCUGAGCAAUUUGAAGAAAGAGCAAAGUUAAAAACAUCAGAGUUGGUGGCUAUCACUACAGAUCCGUAGCUUAGCUAUGUUUGGUGUGGUGAAGUGCUUCCAUUGUCUAAAUAUGACAAGCCAAAAGUCUAUGCUUGCUCCUAACUUAUUUUCUUAUUUGAAACAUGAUUAAUCAGCUUCUCUAGAAACUGUUUAAUAGGCCUUUGCUUUGGGGUGUGCAUGCCAAAGGCACAAAAUUCAUUAUUUGCUUAUAGAAAAAAAUCAAAGUUAGUAUUAUUUGCUGGAUAUACUUCACCGUUCAAUGUGUACCCAGAACAACUUGCUAGAUAUGAAUUACAUAAAAACAAAAUAGAGAGAUGUAAAAACAGUAACUAGAAAAAAGGAAACAAUGUAUUGAGGAUAAAAUAUCCUGAGAAAAAAUGGACUGAAGUUGGCAAUGCUGCUAUUAUUGAGAUAUUUGUUUUAAAUGUUUAAUCACAACAUACUAUCUUAAAAUCAUAACUUUUUACACUCAACUUGGAAUGUUUUUAACAUCUUGAACCCCAUGACAUUCCUGCAGUGUAUCUGUAAAAUUGUUGUGUUAAACUGACAGCUUCAAAUCGGAAAGGGGGUUCUUCUUAGCAGAACUGCUACUAUAAUACCCACUAGACUAGGCUUAACAUGCAUAGAACCUAAUUUUGUGUUCCAUCAUGUAUACCUGCUUGACUAAUUUAAGUCCAUUGAUUUCAGUGGAUUCUUAUACAGCAUUUGUCUUACCCACUGAAACUAAUGGACCCAACUAACUGAAGUCCUUUGAUUUCAAGUAGGCCAACUCAAUGUUUGACUUAGUUGGAGACAGCCCUCUGAGAUCUGACCUGUUUAUAUUGUUUUUCUUAAUUACCCGGAGUGAUUGCCCCCUGUGACGUGGUAAACUGCUUUUGAAUUUAACAUUAGGAACCUUUCAAAUUCUGCUUGUAAUUUGGCAUGGGGGGGCAGCUGUUGAAAAAAAAUAUUAAUUGGAUUUGUGUGAUUCAUUUGCGUAGUAAGUAGUUUUUUGAAUCCCCACUAAGGAAAAUGCUACAGGAUGAAUUAUGUAUUAAUAAAAUACCAGUGUUUUAAAAAGUUGUCAUGGUUAUUAAUAAUCAUGAUGUUUUUGUAAUUGCAUACUACAGCAUGGGACAAUGAGGACAUUGUUCAAGCAUUCUGGUUAAUUUUUUUGUUAUUAGGAUCAUCAUAUGCUCGAAGUUCAGUGGUCACUGCUGUGAAGUUCACAAUCUCUGACCAUCCACAGCCCAUAGACCCAUUAUUAAAGAAUUGUAUAGGUAAGUGAAAUUGCAAUCAUUUCAAGCAGUGCAAUUUACCUUGAGAUGACAUACUUUCUUCCAUGUGUGCGUGUGAGUGUGUUUUAAAAGGUCAGUAUUUUCUAGGUACUGGUGUCAAAUGUAGCUUUUUCAGGUCUGGGGAAAAAGAGGGUGACUCAAGUACUUGAGAUUUCCCUAGCAAAGGAUAAUGCUUCCCUUUUAGAUAGAAGCAGGGAUUCUCCCAGCUUAAAGCAAACUCUUUGUUUAAACAUGCUCAUUAAUUUCUGUAUUGUCUAUAAAUUUAUUCAAAGCUAUAUCCAAUAUUAGUGUAGCACAACAAAUGUUCGCUCAAAGAUGCUGUAAUAAAAAUUGAGAAUGGGUUGUGUAGGUGCAGUAUAAUUGCAGUCCAUGAAUGAGGCUUUUCGUGGAGUCAUUGAAUUGUACGUAGUCUAAAAAACAACAACAACCCAGCCUUUUGUGGCUGGGAAAGUAGAUACGGUAGCUGGAAAAAUCUUAAUCCUUUUAAAGUCAUUGGUUUAUCUUAUUCGUGUUUUCCAUUUCCUGUAUGGUUUCUUUGAAACAUGCUUUCCCCUUAAAUUGGAUAAUUAAUUUCUUAAAGUCCUGGAACAGGGCUGUCUGAGACCAUGAACUGUGAAAACUGAAAGUGGCAGUUUUCAGAUUUGCUUAAUUAUGCCACUCAUAGAGGAACUGGGGGUGGGGUGGGGGAAGAUUGUACAGUGGCACCUCGUGUUAUGUUACAAAUGCUGCGGGUUACACGCUCUGCUAACCCGGAAGUAGAUGCCCCUUGUUGUGACCUGUGAGCGGAAGCCGUGGUGCGGCAGUAGCGGGAGGCGCCAUUAGAGAAAGUGUGCCUCAUGUUACGAGUGGUUUCCUGUUAUGAAUGGACUUCCGGAACGGAUUGAGUACGUAACACGAGGUACCACUGUACACAUGAAGUUCUGAAAAACUUCUCACAAACUUGAUGAAUUAUCAAAGUAAAUUGGUUGUUCAAAAGGUAAAUAUGCAUUGGAAUGAUAAUUGCUGCCGUAUUUCACAAAAAUGUACGCAAACCAGUUAGUACAAAGUACAGUUAUGCUUUUGCAACAUGCCGUAAGAGGAAAUGUAUAAGGAAAGUGAGACUCGCUUUUUAUUUAUAGUGAGUGUAUUGUUGUUUGUCACCUGUAGCCCAUUUUUUUCAUGAGAUGACAUACUAAUCCAACCUCUCCUAAUUCAUGGCCCCGCCUUUUACAAACAUCAAUUAGGCAGGGGGAAGCUAGUGGGAAGUUCAAAAGUGGCAAAUAUUGAACAGGAGCAUAUGCUGAUAACUUUCUUUAAACGAUUGCAGGUGACUUUUUGAAAACAUUGGAAGAUCCAGAUCUGAAUGUGAGACGAGUAGCUCUGGUAACAUUUAAUUCAGCAGCACACAAUAAACCAUCACUAAUAAGGGACCUUUUAGAUACUGUGCUUCCACAUCUUUAUAAUGAAACAAAAGUGAGAAAGGAACUAAUAAGAGAGGUAUGUAAUCCACUCAAGUUACAGGGUGAGUAAGCAGUGGUGUUCAGAAUAGCUAAUGUUUUCUGUUUGAGUAUUUUUGUGUUCAGAUCCUCGUGCAAGUUCAGGCAACAGUUUUGUACUGAUUAGGUGGCUAACUAAAGGAGAGUCCUUCUGGAAAGUUUUGCGUAUGAGUGCUUUUACCUAGAAUUAUUGAAGAAACUCAUCAUAUUUUAUAUGAUGAUAGGAGUUAAGAGAGACCAUAAGUUUAGCUUGAGUGAGGAACAUGCACGAAAUAUAAUUUGAAAACUGCCAUAUUGUAACGAAUUUCAAUAUACAUCUUUCAUAGUACCAGAAAUGAAAAUACAGGGCAGGUAUUGAGCUACUGGAAUAAAGAGCAAUGCAAAAUGUUUUGUGUUCACUUCGUGCAUUGUUACAAAGGGAGCCAAGCCAAAUGAGUCGUCCCAGAAUCUCUUCACAAGUCGUAUAGGUUUUCCCAUACAAUCAGCUCCAAUUUAAUUUUAAUGUGAUUCAUCUUACUGCAGAAUUGUGGGCAUACAGAGUGUAACUUGCAAAUGCAAAACCUACUCUUAAUUGUGAUGGGAAAUUCAAUGUAAGAACAUAAUUUUGAAAACUGAAGUUUGCUUGCCGCUUAAAAACCAGAUAAAUAGUGGCAGGUGGUGGGUUGCAUGGCUUGGGACAUGGAAACUUGCUGUUGUUGGAAUGCACACUACUUUCAUCAACUUGACUUGAAGAACAAUAAAUAUGACCUUUUGCUUUAAGAACUUUUCCUUGAGGCCAUAAUGCUCCUUAGUAAAUUCUUACUCAGCGUAUUUCAUUAGCAACUGAUAACUAAAUGUAUUCAGUGCGUUUAACAAUUUCUGAUCUGAUUUGCAGGUUGAAAUGGGUCCAUUUAAGCAUACAGUUGAUGAUGGUCUUGAUAUCAGAAAGGCAGCUUUUGAGUGUAUGUACACUCUGCUAGAUAGCUGCCUUGAUAGACUAGACAUCUUUGAAUUCCUAAACCAUGUGGAAGAUGGUUUGAAGGAUCACUAUGAUAUUAAGGUUAGUGCUUGUUAUUUGUUUAUAUGUGUAUUUGUACACACAUAUACAUAUGCAUAUACAUAUACGGAUGCAGAUAUUUCUAAGCUAGUUGCUGAACAAUUGCAAUAAAACAGUAAAAAAACAAAGCAUGGAAAGGUGGUAUUGGCUUUGUACAAAAAUUAAUGAAAGCUUUUCCUACCUUUUAUUCUGUCCUCAAGGUAGGGCACCUAAUUCCUUGUCAGUGUGAUAGACAGUUGUGGUUAUCCCACUUGCUCAACAAGUCUCUAUUUGCGCAAACAUGAUUUCCCCUUCCUAUUCAUCUCUGUCCCGCCUCCCUGCACCACCACAGUCUGCUCUGGAGGAGCACCUAGGGUGGACAGCAAAGGAAAGGAAGACUAAGUCUGCUGCUGCUUUUCUUUUCCCUGAUUUUGUGCUAUUAUAUGGAAACUGUUUUUCUUAAAGAUGAUUCCUUCUACAGGAAAUAGCCAUUGGUAGUCCAGAGGCUUCCAACAAUAUGAAUUACAGUAUAUUAUCAGCUUUGAUAAGCAAUUGUUUCCAGUUCAGCAUGAAUUUGACUAAUAAAGACAACAUUCAAAUGAUUGGUUUGGUGGUAGAGAAACAUCAAAAAGUAUAGUCAAGAGAAUAUGGAUCCUGGAUACUGCUUUUUCUCCCUAUACUUGUAGAGUCACAGUUAGAUUUUCUGAUACUUAAAAUCUGUUCUUAGCAGUGGCCAAAUCUUUGUUAUUUAUUCAAUUUUUAUUUCUUCUUAACCAGAUGCUAACAUUUUUAAUGCUGGUGAGACUGUCUACCCUGUGUCCAAGUGCAGUUUUGCAGAGGCUGGAUAGACUGGUUGAACCCUUACGUGCUACAUGUACAACCAAGGUAUUGUGUGAAUUGAAUUAGUUUGAAUUAGCCUACAGGAUAAUUGUAAAGCAUAGUCUCAUAUAUAUAUUAUUUUGGUCACAGACUCCGUCUUGGAAAGAUAAUCUUUUGAAGCCACUAUUCUUUCUCAGCAUGCUGUUUCUCUAUUUCACCCAGUUUUUUCUCUGAUCAUAUUUUGUAAGCAGCUUUCAUAUGUGGCUUGUGGUCCUGUCUGUUCAGAGGUUUCUUCACCCAUGUGUUACCUACCUUAAGAAACUUUCAGUUAUUAUUUCAGUUUAUACCUAGGAAUAGUCUUGAUUGAAGCAAAAGCAAGAACUGUGCUUUAGAUAGAAGAAAGAGAAGCCUGAUUUCUAGCAGCUUGCUUUUGUGGCUAUAUGCUGGCACUUUUGUUUUAAUAUUGAGGCUUGUCUAGACAAUGUUGUCAGGAGUAAUAGUUCAGUAGUUAGUGAAUCUCUUAAGCUGGCCACUAUUAUGUAAGGCUACUAGACAUUUCAUGCAUUCUUGUUUAGUAUUCUCUGUUCUGCUGUUACUCAGCAAGCGGACAUACUAUCUGAUGUGGGUAUGCGUACAUUUGAAUAGCUUUCUAGAUAGAUUUUACUGUUGAAUUUAUAUAAUAUGUAUCUUUUUUAACUAAACAGGUAAAAGCAAAUUCUGUGAAGCAGGAAUUUGAAAAGCAAGAUGAACUGAAGCGAUCUGCCAUGAGAGCAGUAGCGGCGUUAUUAACCAUUCCAGAAGCAGAAAAGAGUCCACUGAUGAGUGAAUUUCAGUCACAGAUAAGCUCUAAUCCUGAGCUUGCAGCCAUUUUUGAAAGCAUCCAGAAAGAUUCGUCGUCCACUAAUUUGGAAUCAAUGGACACUAGUUAGAUACUCAGAAUGGGAACCAUUAAUUUGAACCAUACGAUGCACUGAAUUGACAAGUUAAAAACAAACAAACAGAAAAGUAUCUAAUCUUCACAAUGUUCCAUUUUACCUUUAUGGAGACAGUUUGGCUUUUCCCCAUUGUUGCUUUUUUUAGCAUUUAUUCCAGAAAUAUGUAUUUCCAUAACUCAAAAGUUGUAAACCACUCAAGUUUUAGUGGAUUUGGACACACAUUAAAUAGAAAUAAAAGGUUAAAACGCAUGGUGUAUGGAAAUAGAUUCCAACAUCUGUUUGCCCUGUAAUGUUUAGGAUUAAAAGUUUAAAAAUUUGUGACCAUGAUUUUUCUUUUCCUUUUUUCUUGAUAUAAAAAUCUACUGUGUUUUUGUAUAACUUUUGUCUUUCUGUUUCAGCUACAUGAAUUGAUUUGGCUGGCAGUUUAAAAAUUGUGUAAGACUUAUUAUCGUGCAGAGGUCUUGGGCACAGUUUAAAAAAUGCCAACAUGUCCUUUUUAAAGGUGUGGGAGUAAACAGUUCCCUGUUGUGCACACUAAUUUUGCAUGAACAAGUUUACAAAUAUAUGUUAUGUGUAAAACAGUAUGUGCCGUUUAUUAACAAUUAAGUUCGAGUGAGUACUGUUCAAAUGAGUACUGUUGUAUCACUGCAGUUUUAAGGUGUCAGUCCUUUCCAUAGCAAACUCAGGUGAUUAAGUUUGGAAGAGAAAUGGGGACAUCCAAAAAUAAGAUGGUGUUUUCUAUACCUACCCUAGGUAUGUCAAGGUAUUUAAACCUGCAAACGAAAAUAUUUUUUUAAAGCCACAGACAGAAACCCACAGAAGUUAAAUUGCUUGAGAAGAACUUUUGAGCUUCUAGUAUCAAUGCUGGUGAUACUUGAGCCUAUAGCUGUGGGGAAUGGUCUAAAGCAGUGUUUCCCAAGCUUGAGUCUCCAGCUGUUUUUGAACUACAGUUCCCAUCAUCCCUGACCACUAGUCCUAGCUAGGGAUGAUGGGAGUUAUAGUCCAAAAACAGCUGGAGACCCAAGUUUGGGAAACACAGUUUUAAAGAAAGAGGAGACUUUGUCUGUCAGUGAAGUUCAUGGUUGACAGCACAUGACAAAUUAAAUUAUGUGAUGGUAAAAAGGGGGGGUCAUUAAAAUACCUUUCCAAAAAUAUUUUUUAAUAAUGGUGGGCACCGAAGAACUACUUGAUAAAAUGAAAUUCUUCAGCAAUACUUCUAUUUCACAUACUGCUCUCAAAGGUGAAGGAUCUGGGCCAGCCUUAGGCAAUCCUAGAAAGGGCAGAAAUAAUAGCUUGGCUCAUAAGAGAUGCUAUUGAAUGAAGUUCAUGGGAUGAGAGUUUCUUGUUCCCUUCUUGCCCCUGCCAUCACUUGAACCCCUCCCUCAAUAUUGGUUCAAUUUUAUGUGGUUUUCUCCUUAGCAAUCUUCAACCCAUCCAAUAUUUUCAAGAGAUGCUUUUGUGGAGUGGAGGAGACCAUAAAUUCCUUUUGUGAACUUACUUUACCCUAGGUUCCAUGCCCAUAACAACUGGAAAAACAGUGGAUUUAUUUGGAAAAAAUCUACUUCAUUAUUCUGCUGCCAAUGUUCAUAUUUACUGCUAGAAAGAUAGAGGCAGGAAACUUAGAAAUUAAUAGAAAGAAAAAGGGUAUUUCCCUCCCAUCUUAAGCCUUGCACUGUUUUGGCAAAUAGUAGUAAGCUGUUACAUAGGAGUAGAUGGACAAUGGAAGACCUAUGUUCAAGUAAAUUCAUUGUGAGCCUUCUG